AUGUUCAAUGUGAUCCAAUUUGUGGAACGUGAAAAGAGCGGUUGUUUAAUUCCAUUGAACAACGUAAAUGAUCGUAUUAAAUCUAUGCUUGGUAUAUCAAUGACAUCGGUUGAAAGACUGAAGAGAGAAAUAAAAGAACAAAAAGAAGAAAUGUUGGAAGAAGAAAACGAACUGCUUGUACUACAUAAGAAAUGGAAUCAGGAAAAACAAGAUAAAGAAGAUGCUGCGUUUCGAGCGACACUUCGGCUUCGACAUCCACGUACAAGUUCAUCAUCAAUUUCUGUUGCACCGUAUACUACUACGAAAAUUUUCAUGUCUGUUGCUAAACCAUCACGGAAAAGUAGUCAUGUUGGGCGCUCAGCAAUCGUUUUGACAGAUGACCAAAAAGAAAAUAUUCGGUAA